AUGGAUCGCAUUUCGAUUUGCUGCGCUAUCUUUUUAGCGCUGCUGCUGCUGCUGGUCUUGGUUGAGGGCGCUGCUCAGGAUCGGUUUACACACAUUGGCUACGACAAUGGCACACACUUUGUGUUCUAUCCCCGCCAGCUCAAUCCCAUAUCACUUGGCAUCUACUCCAGCCAUCCCAACAUUACGGCCGUUACGGAAAUGUAUGCAUCGCCAAAUCGCAUUGUGAAUGGCGUAAGGAUACCCUGUACGCGUGCACCUUACCAAGCGGCGAUCAAUUUGGAUGGUUUUUAUCUGUGCGGCGGCACAAUAUUGAACCGUUGUUGGAUACUCACCGCUGCCCAUUGUGUCACCGAAUCUGGUCGUUAUACGGUGCGUGUCGGCUCCGCGCAACAUCGUCGUGGCGGACAGUUGCGUGAUGUGGCGUUCGUAGUGGUGCAUGCCAAAUACAACAAUUUCACCAUGCAAAACGAUAUUGCACUGAUGCGUCUGAAGAGACCACUCCGCUACGGAAGAUGUGUGGAACAGGCACGCCUGCCCACAGGACGACGGAGGCCCCAAUACAAUUUUCUUCUAGGCACCCAACCAGAUUGCUAUCUGGUCAGCGGUUUUGGCUUGGUCAGCGCGAAUUCCGCGAAUGUCCCGCGUUAUUUGAGAGCCACAAGAGUCUGUGAAGUGCCGCAGAGUCGCUGCCAGCUAAUGAAUGCCAAAGCCAACGUCCGCAUCUAUCCGCAAAUGAUAUGUGCCUAUCGUCGUGGUGGCCAUGACAGCUGCAUCGGAGAUUCAGGUGGACCGCUGGUAAGCGAUCGACGCGAAAUCAUCGGCAUCGUUUCCUUUGGCAUUGGAUGUGGCGACCCAAAAUAUCCGGGCAUUUAUACUCGCGUCGCACACUACACAAGAUGGAUACGCCGCGCCGUAAGACGCUAUCCUUCCUGCCUAUAA